AUGGAUAGCAUGAGUGAGGCAUUUGAUCAAAUGCAAAUGGUCAAGGAUGUUAUGGCCAACAGUGAUAAAGUUUCAGAGGUCCUACAAGAGUCUACUCAUCAGUUCAACCUGCUUACUUCACCCACCUUCCUACCAAAGGUCAAGGAUCAAGGGAAAUUCACUCUCCCUUGCACACUUGGGCAUCUUGAGAUUGACAAUGCCUUAGUGGAUUCUGGAGCAAGCAUCAAUCUGAUCUCUCUCUCCAUGGCAGAGAAGCUAGGCAUUGCUGGAGCCUUGCAGCGCCCUACUACUUCAAUCAUGUUUGGAGAUGCAACUUCUAAGUCUCCUCUUGGAGUGUUCAAGAACUAUCACUUGAAAAUUGGAGAAUGCAUCAUCCAAACUGAUCUCACUGUGAUGGAAAUGGAAGAAGAGAAGGAUUUACCUCUGUUAUUGGGAACCCCUUUCCUUAGUACAGUUGGCGCUUCAAUAGACUUUCACAAGCAAGAAGUGAUCCUUCACAAGUACCAUCUCAGUUCUAAGAGUCAUGGAGCUACAAAGGUUGUGAAGGAAAGGGUUGACAAAGAACCAAGAGUUGGGAAGGAUAAGGAUGAGAGAGGACCAAGGAUUGAGAAGCCACGUCUUGAGAGGGCUAGAGUUGAGAAACCACGAUCUGAUAGGCCAAGAGCUGAUAGACUUGUUCAAGCCCCUUGUGUGCUUGAUGAAGAGAGCCUUCAAGCUUUGUUUGAUGAGCCACUAGGAAGGGCUCUAAAAGAAGGGGAGGAUGCAGCCUCUAAGGCAAGACCAGGAGAUAAAAGAAAGGAUCCACCAGCUCAGGCCCCUUCAGUCAAGCCAUCUCAGCUCACAAUGACUUUGUUCCCCACCAAGUUUGAAAAUGGGAAGAUUGAGUACAAGAUAAGGUACAAGGGGAGAUCAAGGCCAUUCUCUAGAGCCAAGGCCUUGGUGACUUCAGAACAGUCCAGGGACCCAACCAAGCUAAAGGAGCUUCUGUCUCAAGUCCUCACUAUCACCCUUGAUGGUGGGACUAGCUCAACCAAUGCCUAA